GGACCUUGAAUCGUGAUACUUCAAGAUUAGCAAUGAUCAACGCUCCCAUAAGCCGCUACGGCAGCAAUCUGCAACUCCAAAUAAUGAUGCCCGUGUCACGGUGAUCCAUCUGUGAGGACCUACUUCCCUAGGGAACAGCUCGUCCUUCGGAACCGCGAAACAACUCGUCGAUCUCGACGGAUUCUCGAACGUUUUUCUUCAUCCUGUUUUGACCUUUCGUACACCUAAAUGAGCUCACCAACCCCUCCAAAGACGCCUUUCCGGCUUCUGUGCCUGCAAGGCGCUGGCGCAAAUGCGGAGAUCUUUGCCGCGCAGUUUGCAAUGCUGCGGUACGAGCUGGAGAAGGACAAAUACGCGCAGCUGGUCUUCCUCGAAGCCAACGUCGAGACGGGGCGGCCCGCAUCCGACAUCAAGGACAUCUACGACGGCCCGUUCUACAACUGGUUCUCGUGGGAUAUGAACAAGGCCGAUCUGGAUGCCGACGAGCUUCACGAGGCGCACGAUCUGGUGCAAGGGACGAUAGACGCACAAGGGCCAUUCGACGGCGUGUUUGGCUGGUCGCAAGGCGGGACGCUGGCGGCCUCUUAUCUGAUCGAGCAUGCCCAACGGCAGACGGAUCCCGCGGCGAAACCUCCCUUCCGAUGCGCCAUCUUUGCCGCCACGCCCCGGCCGAUCGAUCCCGCGGGCUUGCUGAAGGACCCGAUGGUGAUGAAGGUCGCCAGUGCCGAUGACCUCGGGGAGAUCAUCCAGAUGCCCACAUUACAUAUCACGGGAACGCAGGACCAUUGGACGAGUGAGUGCAUGCUGAUGAAGGAUCUCUGCGACCAGGCCCGCGCCAGCACUUGCACGUACGAAGGGGUGCAUCGUCCACCGAAAGGUCCAAUCGCCAAUAGCCAAAUGGCGGAGGGGAUCAAACAGUUCAUAUCGAAUAUUGCGGCGGGGAAGCUUAAAUAGGGGAUGAAAAGAGGGACUGUGGCUCCAACCUAUCCUCAUGUCGUCCUUUAUGCUCAUCCUCGCUCGGCGCUCGGGUGGCACUUCUGACGAUAUUGUACUGCAAAAUGAAAUCAAAUUUAGUCCCAGAGCUAGUAUGCAAUGCAUGAUUAUCAUGAACCUUG